AUGGCCUGGGCGAACACCGGGUCAGUUGUGAAGUCAGACAAGGAAGUCCAGCGGCUCGUAGACGAGGUCUUCCUUGCCCACGACUUCGAUCGCGAGGAGCUGCGUCAGUUCCGUGUCGCAAGGGAAUUCGAACGCCUAGACAGUCUCGACAAGCCGGGCAACAUCUUCUCAAGUGAAGAUGGAUGGCAUGAAGGGUCCGUCAAGAUUCAUGUCCCUAAGGAGGGCUUGAAACACGCAUCGGAAGCCGAGACCCCUGCCUUUCAUGUACCCAACGUGUACUUCCGGAAACUGGCUGAGGUCAUUCGCUCGGCGACAGAGAACACCGACGCCCGGCGUGUCAACUGGCUGCCAUUCCGGCGGUAUUGGAGACACUCGGACAACAAGUACGAAAACAUCCGUCUCUUCUCUGAUCUCACCGACACCGACGCAAUGCUUGAAGAAGAUGCUAGGAUCCGUACGAUGCCGCGCCAGCCUGGAGAUGCCCCGGAAGUUGAGUACGCAGUGGCACCACUCAUGGUCUGGUCGGACUCGACACAUCUCGCGAACUUCGGUGGAGCGCACCUUUGGCCAGUAUAUGUGUACUUCGGAUGGUUAUCGAAGUACAUCCGUGGACGACCAACAUCGUUUGCAGCUCACCAUCUCGCAUACCUACCAUCACUUCCGGAUUCCAUACAAGACUGGUAUCAGAAGACGUAUGGCACCACAGCGACCGCAGACGUCCUCCGUUUCUGCAAGAAGGAACUCAUGCACGCGAUCUGGUGUCUCUUCAUGGACGACAGCUUCAUGGAUGCAUAUCGGAAUGGCAUGCUUAUACACUGUAGCGAUGGUGUUCUGCGUCGCUUCUUUCCAAGGUUCUUUACAUACUCCGCUGAUUAUCCAGAGAAAGUGUUACUUGCAUGCCUCCGUUUCCUCGGAAAAUGCCCAUGUCCGCGAUGUCUUAUCAACAAAUCAGAUAUCCUCGACAUGGGCUCAUCUGCAGAUCUCCAGCUACGCAUGAACAUUCGCAUCGACUGUAAAAAGUUGUGGUCCAUUAUUGAUCGAGUGCGCCGGUGGAUAUUCAAACAAGGGUAUGCUUUGACGAGCAAGGCAAUUGGUCAAGUAAUGGAUCCGAUCUCCAUUCUCCCAACAAGAAGUGCCUUCUCUACGCGCCUGGCCGACACUGGAUUCAACCAUUAUUCCCUCUUUGUUCCUGAUAUUCUCCACGAGUUCGAACUUGGCGUGUGGAAGGCCAUAUUCGUGCAUCUGUUAAGGAUUUUAUAUGCCGAAGGGAAGGAUCGCAUUCAAAUCCUAAAUGAACGUUUUCGCCGUGUUCCCACCUUUGGUCGUAGCACGAUCCGUCGAUUCUCACGAAACGUAUCCGGACUGAAGCAGAUGGCUGGGCGUGAUUUUGAGGACAUCCUUCAGUGCAUCAUCCCCGUAUUCGAUGGACUCCUCCCUCCCCCGCAUGACGAGCUUGUGGCGACACUGCUAUUCCAACUCGCAUACUGGCAUGGACUUGCGAAGCUUCGCCUACAUACAGACGAAACAGUGGCACUGUUGCAUGCCGCAACGCGUGCACUCGGGAAGAUCACGCGCAAGUUUCUGAGUAAGACAUGUGAAGCAUACGACACUCGAGAGCUCCCUAGGGAGGAAGCCGCACGUGGUCGCCGUAAGGCAGCGAUGAUGGCAAAAAGAGGGGUCAAAGCCAAGUCGAAAGCACCACAAACCGGCGCCAAGCGUAAAUUGCUCAACUUGCUAACGUUCAAGUGGCACUCGUUAGGCCACUACGCUUCUGCCAUCCCUUGGUUUGGGCCACUCGAUGGUGUCAAUACACAAACGGGUGAAAUGGAACAUCGUCGGGUGAAGCGGUUCUAUAUUCGCACAAACAAGAACAACGCUGCCCGGCAAAUAGCUCGACGGCAACGCCGUGAACAUCAUCUCAGGAAGAUCCUCCAGAGAGAUCGCGAGUGGCAUGCAGAACAAGUCGCACAAGAAGCUCGCAAAGCCCAGCUUGAGUCCCGCGAACACGCUCACGAAGCCCAACUUGAGCCGCGCAAACAAACGUCUCCACACGAACGUUAUCAUAUGUCAAGCUCCGAACGGCACUACAAGAAUAUCUCCAAGUGGGUCAACACUGGCAUGCGUAAUAAUGACCCUGUGUUUACGAAUUUCGUACCAAUGCUCAAGGACCACCUUCUCUCACGACUGACAAACCGUGAAUAUGACGGCGACGAAGAUAGCUUUGGACCAGAUGAACAUGACACAGUAAGCUUCGUCCAUGACCGCAUUUUCCUUCACAAGGCCCUUCGUAUCAAUUAUACCACGUACGACAUGCGACGAGCUCAGGACACGAUCAACCCUCGUAUCCGAUCGGACAUCAUGCUUCUGGCACCACAUGAAGAUGACGAAGACGACAAUGCAAAUGGACAUCCAUACUGGUAUGCUCGAGUUAUUGGGAUUUUCCACCUUAACGUCAAGCAUCGCGGCUUCCUGUCGAAAUCGAAGUCUGCUCAACGCAUGGACGUGCUCUGGAUUCGAUGGUUCGGUCGCGAUACCACAGCGCCCGGUGGCUUCGAGACCUGCCGUCUUCACCGCAUCGGAUUCAUCAAUCAUGACGCCCCGAACGCCUUUGGUUUCCUCGACCCCAAGCAAGUUCUCCGAGCAUGCCAUAUCCUACCGUGCUUUGCAUACAAUUUUACGGCUGAGUAUCUUCCACCAUCCAUAGCACGCCAACCAGAAGAGCGCGACAUGGACUAUGUCUAUUAUUAUGUUGGCAUGUUCGCUGAUCGUGACAUGCUGAUGCGCUACAUUGGCGGUGCAAUCGGGCACAAAGGCCUACCAGAGCCGACAAGCAGACAGGUGAUCCCUAGUGACGAAGAAGACUUUGGGUAUCAUUGGAGCUCCGAGUCUAGUGACGAUGGCGAUCAUGAAGCUAGCGACGGGGACGAAAGGCUUGAGGUAGUAGAUGCUGACAUGGUUGGAAAUGAAGGCGAUAGUGACGCAGACAGUGGCAAGGAAGAUGACGAGGACGUUCAAGAAGACCUUGAUGCUGAGGAUGAGGAG